CCAAACCUGUUUAGGGAUUGUAGUUUCGCUAAGGACUUCUUUAAGGUUUGAAAUGGUAAUAAAAGACUACAAGUACCAAAUUUCAAAUGAAAGCGAUAGGCGUUCAUUUUCUUGACGCACGAACAUCCAUCGAUGUACAAUGGAUGUUGUUAAAUUCCGCGAUAGAUGCCGUUGAUGAAUAAAAACAACAGUUUUAAUAAAGGAAGUUAUAUAAAAAUAUGGAGGUAAUUGAGGCAAUAGUGAUUCAUGACGCUGAUGCUGAAGGAAAGGAACCUGCACCGUCCAGCAGCGUGGAUACUGAUAAGACCAAAACAGAAUUCAUCUGGACACUACAAGCUACAUGGCAUCUAGUCAAUACCAGACUGGAAAUGGAUCAGGCUUUUGACCAGCCAGUGUGCAAGAAAAAGAAGCUUUGGGAAGUGGUUGCAGAGAAGGUGAAUGCUAAACUGAAGCAGUCGGGGAUCACAGACAUCACCGUGAAGGCCUACGAAUGUGAUCUAAAAUGGAGAAAUAUGCUGGCCACGUACAGGAAGAACACAGACAGGGCCAGGCGACUGGGGGUAGCUAGUGUCCACUGGGAGUUCUUUAAAGCAAUGCAUGGGGUGCUGGGUAAGAGCAGGGAGGAGAUCCAGGCCCAGCGCCAGGCCAAGCUCAGUGGAACCAAAGUUGGAAAGGCCAUAGCCAGCAAGAGGUUCACACCUAUCCUUCCUACCCCUCCUGCGACACCUGCAGCCUGUAUUAGCAGGCCCCCACAGGACAUCCUGCAGCUCUACAUGGAGCUUCAGGAGAGGAAGCUGAACAUGUGGGCUCAGCAGAAAGCACUGGAGGAGAGGAAAAUAGAGGCCAUUAAUAACCUGGCUCAGGCUAUCUCCAGUCUGGCUCAAAUGAACAGCCCACAAACACCAAAAGAUGGACAUUAAGUCUUUACACAACUUAAAUAAUAAAUGGAUGUUGUCAUCUGAACCGUCACUUUAUGGCAUUAUAGUUUGUAGGCAUGCAGCAAACCAACAGAAUCCAUCUUGAGAAUGUUAUGUUUGAUAGCUUUUUCUUAUAAAAAACUGAAUACAGCUGCCUUUGUGCUUUGUCUGGAUACUUUCACUACCUGUUUAGUACGGGGGGGGUUCUCCUGCAGUUGCCUAAAAACAAAGUUACAAGCCAUCUGCUUUUUGGUUUUUUAUUGACUCAUUUAUUUUUCUACUUUAAUGUCAUUGCUAACUUUCUUAGCAUCAAUAUAUAUAUUAAGAAAAAUCCUAAAUAUAAGGCAAAGUUACCAAAAUCAUUUGUGCUCCAAGGAAUGAGUAAACAUAAUCUAAAUGCAUAUCAACUAGAUACUGCUAAAACUGUGACAAGUAAAGUUGCCAGUUGCAGUGGUCUUCAAAAUCCACCAAAUGAGCUUUGAGUUGAACUUGAUGUUUUUUAAAGAGCCCACCACCUGAGUCUGAGUAGCAGGUAUAGACUGUAUGGGUUUCUGUGAGCAGCUUACAAUAGGAUCACUGGUGUGGUCUACAUCUGGCAACAGGAGACUACAACAUCUGUGGAUCAGGGUUCAGACACAGUGCAAAUAUUUUAACAAGACGCAGACAGACGGAUGUAUGGAUGGAAUAAAAUGGGCCGACAGAUUGAUGGUUGGUCUGAAGGUUACAGCUUAUAAAAAAUUUGAGAGAAAAAAAAAAAAUCUUAAAAUUAAAGUAUUUUCCAGGUUUUACCAGACCAGCAAAAUAUUUAAAUCAAAUCUCUUUCCAUACUGCCCUGGUUGGAACCCAGUUAGAACAUGUGACAUCUGGCUAAUCUAAAGCUAAACAGUACUUCACCACCCAAAAGUACUCCCCAUGACACCUUAAUCCCUCAUAAAGCGAUCCCACACAGCGCAACAGCUGUGCUCCAGCUACAUGCCAUCACAUGAUUCGGUCUAACUUUGUUAAAAAAAAAAAAAAACGGCCUACAAAUGCAGGUUUUCUUGACCCCUUGUUGUUUUUUAUUCCUUGUCAAUAUGGGUCAGUAAGGAAAAGUAAACACUUUAAAGAGGUUUUUUAUAUUUAGGUUCCUGGAUGUCUGAGAGCGUUCACC